AGAGAGGGGCCGGUCCUACCCGCCCCUAUUUAAGGCGGUGGCCGUCGAGGGGCGGCUCCGAGAGAUGGCGGCUCCGCGCCGACCGAGCGGCGGGGGGCUGCGGCGGGCGCCGCAGGACGGGCGGCUGGAGGAGAUCAAUAAGGAAUUUCUCUGUGACCCAAAGUUCAGCGAUGAAGAAGAUCUGGAGGAGAAGUUGGCAGCGUUCAAAGAGAAGUACAUGGAGUUUGACCUGAACAACCAAGGCGAGAUUGACUUGAUGUCUGUCAAAAGAAUGAUGGAGAAGCUGGGGGCUCCAAAGACCCACCUCGAACUGAAGAAGAUGAUCUCGGAGGUGACCGGAGGGGUCAGCGAGACCAUCUCCUACCAGGACUUUGUCAACGUGAUGCUUGGGAAACGCUCUGCUGUGCUCAAACUGGUGAUGAUGUUUGAAGGAAAAGCCAAUGAAGGCAACCCAAAACCAUCUGGUCCGCCUCCGGAAAGAGACAUAGCCAGCCUGCCUUGAAGAGGACAGGCUGGACAACAGGCACUGUUUGCUUUGCUGGUCUGUAACAGAGGUUACCUGUGCUUUGUUACUCUUUACUAUGGACAGUCCUAGUUUUCGACUAACCUGCCUUAGAGGAACAGCAAGGGAAGCUGGAGACCCCCAGUUCGUGUCUUUCUGCUGCAUCCCUUAGCAACGUGAUUUGUUAGAGAGAAGCUGUAGCAUCAAGUAUAAUGUGAGACCAAAAAACCCCAUAAUCCUGUGAUCUUCCUCUUUCCUCUGCCCUUCCUGCAUUUCUCAGAUGAGGAGCUACUUUCCUCCCAGUGUAGGGAUUCAGAGCUGUGCUUGUCCUGACCUUGGCCUUGCAGCCAGACAUUGAGCAUCUCUCUGACAGCAGUUUCAUGGGUGGAAAGAACUAAGUGCCUUCUCUUCUCUGUCCUACACUUCCUGACUUUGGACUCAUUCUUCCCCUCCUGACCUCACCAAAACACAAGUCAGGCUCACACCUCUGUGGCCUAUCUGAUGCUAGGUGAAUGGUGGAAGGUGCAUGGACAUAGAGGUGUGCCUGCAGAGCCUUUCACCUCGAUGAUGGGCAUGGCUGACUGCAGGGACAGCUUCUGCCCACUCCUUGGGUUCAUCCUGCAGUCAGAUCUCAGUGGGUUCACUUGCCACUGCAAGCGAGGAGGGUAAAAGCUACCGGAGGGUCUCCCUUCCUGAUGAAUCUCUGCUUGGAUCCAGUCAGGAGCAUCACCUCCCAGCGGGUUAUCUGUCCUGUCCAUCGAGUGCAGAAACAAGCCUGCUGUUCCACCUUUGCAGCCCCUCGGGGAGGCCAAGGGGAAAUUAAACCAUUCAGGUGAAUGGAAGGUGGGUGAUGGAGCUGUGAGCCCCACCAGAGCAGCAGCAGUGAGGUCUGUCCUCAUGCACAUGCUCUGCCCCCCUGUGUGUCUUUCAGUGUGGUCCCCUGCACUAUGAGAUCCAUUUCCUUGAGGGACAAGCCCUCAAGCCUGCAGAAUCAGAAUGGGUGUAAGUGUGGGCAAUGAGCUGGCAUCCAGAUGUAGCUGGGCUUGUGCUCCCCACACUGUGGCUACUGCAGUGAUUCUUGCUCUAUACUUGCUUUCUGGAAUCCAGAUGUUUCCUCUUUGCCCUUUCCCUCCUCUUUUCUUACAUUUCCUUGGCAGCUUUUAACUUUUUUUUUUUAAAUCAUGGUUUAAUAAAUAAUUUUUGAAAGGAAACGCUGAUGAUUGACUCCGCUGGGCAAUGGCUCCUGCCAAAGGCUGCACUUUGAAAUAAAACCCAACAUUCUUGCUACUGUUUGCGUGAAAACCAAAUCUGUAACGGGAGAGGAAAAUGAUGAGCGAAAGCAGCACCAGUCUACUUUAAGGACUGAAAAUAAAUCUUCUGAAGCUACA